CGUGAGCUCGGAUAUCCACUUUGGGAGCUCUGUAAAUGUCCUAUGUGGUUCUCUGGCCUAUAAGUGGCUUUCCGGACUAGUAUUGAACGACAUUUACAACCGAGAAGUAGUGACUCAGUUUUCAUAAGGUUUCUGUAUCGGAAACGCACCAUUCAGGGAUUGUGUACCGGGGGACAGCCGGAUGACCUGACAUUUAUAGGCCACCACAAUACGCUGGAAGCGUUUUAUCAACUUCAUCCGAAAACUUCAGUUCCAGGAGAGGUACACGGCUUGUGGAUUACAUUCUGUGCACUUUGGAUGGAGCACUUGUUGGACUGUAGUUGUAUAGGAGUUGAACAGGUGCAGUUAUAGAGUUAAAUAAAUUAUCAUUAUUAGUCAUUAAUAUCAUUAUUCAUUAAUAGUUUUAAAAAAAAGGAAACUCACAAGAGUGAUGAUGAUUAAGGUAGAACUUUUGCUGGGAUUUCUCCUUUGGACUAGCUCGUAUUUGACUGUGGAGACAGCCGAUGAGGAAAAUACCAUUCUGAACAAUGUGACCACUCCCUACAGCGUGACCAGUCCGGACGGUGUGAUCAUUCCUGAGAGUGUGGCCAAUAAGAGGGUGUCAGACAUCAAGUCACAAGACGAAGUCGACCUAGUCAAGUUCUCCGGGGUGUGGUAUGAGAUCGCACGGAGUCCCUACGCCCUCGAGUAUGCCUCUGUGAAGUCGGUGAUCAGAUACAUGAAGCUUGGACAAAACAUCCACAGUAUGAUUGGUCACUACGCCGGAUCCAUAAACGGAACGUGUCUCCCAGCUUUUAAAGGUCACAUUCAAAAAGUUUGUCCCCAUGGGCCGGGGAAUUUUUUUGCCCGUGGAAUAACAAUGGAAUCCGCGUGGGGGUUCACAAAGUUCAUUUAUACGGAUUACAAGACGGCGCUGUUGUACUUUUGUCCUGCCGUGAAUGAGGACGGCACGUGCAGGGCGGGUAGAGCAAUGGCCUCCGUCUUGGGUAGAGAAAAAACGGUGUCACCGGAAGUGGAACGUUUCCUAAAAGAAACACUGGAAAACAGCACCGGAAUUCCCGCAGAAGACUUGGUGGCAGCUGAAUACGAAGAUGAUUGUUUUCCUGAAAUCAUGACAGCUAUGAAGAGUGAUUUAAAAAACGAUAGCUGUGUCUUUGAUGACUUCCCCGCUCAGAGCGAUUUCGACAUUGAGAAGUUCUCAGGCAAGUGGUACCCUAUUGCAGCACAAAGGUUCGUGCCUCGCCCAGAGCUGGUGAACAGCCCCCUGUGCUAUUACUCUAAUGGCGACGGCAGUCUGUCGGUUCAUUACGUGACUCUCAGUGAUGGCCAGUGUGAAGCCACCGACCCGUUCAUGAUUGUUCAGAAAUGUCCAGCAGAGAGGCCUGGAGAAUUUGUGGUUAACAGAGGCCUGCAGUUUCCAAUUAAACAGUUAGCUUUCUCAAAGUUCAAAAUCCUGUACACGGAUUACGACGUGGCCCUGGGGGUGGGUUGUGUGGCUGCAGAUCGCUCCGGUAGGUGUCUGCCAGAGUAUAGUGGGGCCGCCAUUUUGAGUAGAAAGACAAAGCUAUCGCCAGAAAGGCGAGACUUCCUCAAGAAUAUCGCGAAAGAGUCGUGUGUGGACCUUGACACUUUCGAGGAAAUCAAGCUUGACGACGAGAGUGUCGCCUGCGGAUGUCCGGACGAGAACAAGGUAAAGUCCACAGAUUUGUCGGAUGAAGUCGGAACCAAAAACAGCUUCUCAAUGUAUGAUGGCAAGUUUUUGAAAGAAAAGUUUCUGGGAACUUGGUACGAUGUUGCCAGCACACCUGAGUUAGCGGCUUCGUUCAUGGUGGGGUUUAAUUCCUUCAUCUCUUACAACUACCUGGGUGUCCACGGCUCACUACAAUCCACCAGGGUCAUGGCUAAGAACGGCACGUGUCUGCCUCCAUGGUUGGCCGUCUCAGAAUCAGUAUGUGAGAAAGAGAAACACGGAGUUAUGGAAUUCAGCAUCCCUCUUAAGACUUCAUGGUAUAUGUCCCGAAUUAUCCAUAUAGACGACGUAGUGGCUAUAGGCGUGGGCUGUAUGUACCUGAAGAGCUGUACAACUGUGGACGAGACGAAUCUGCGCGUUGCAGCGCGAAAACCCGGAUGGGAUGACGUGAUUCAAACCCGUGUCCGCUCCAUCUUGGAAGGGCUAGGACUUAAUGCCACUAACCUUGUUCCGACUGAGUUUGAAGUCGAUUGUUCCAGGCACAUACUGGAUAAGCCAAAUUCCAUGGACUCCCAUUCAUGUGAAACAAAGAACUUCCCAGUCCACGAAAACUUUACCUUGCAAAACAUAGCCGGCAGCUGGCAUGUUCUGUCACAUUUCUCCCAUCUGAACAACUCCGUGGCCCGUCUGGGAUCAGGUGUGGUACACUACAGGGAAAAUAACGGCUCCAUAGACGCCUUUGUCACCGGCACCAGCGAGACAGGCAGAUGUCUGCCCUUGCUUAGAUUCCAGGUACACCCAAGGUGUCCGCAGGAGGAUGGAGGGCAGAUGUGGACUGAGGAAAUACAGAGUGUAUUCCAAGAGGGAGCGCCACUAACACUCUCAGCUACCUGGAAGGUCAUCUACGUGGACGAAGAGAGCGCCGUGGUCUAUAACUGUCAACAGGAGACAUUAGACGGCGACUGUGACAUAGACAACACCAGGAUAUCCGUUAUGACGAAGGACUUUGACAUCUCGGCGGAAAAGCGGGACUUUCUACUACAGCAGGUCUCUAAGACAUGUGUUGAUGUUGUCAACUUAUGGAAUAUGACAACAACAACACCAGAUGAGUGUUUAUCCGUUUUGGACGAGGCAUUGGAAAACUUGGAGUAACGUUACCACCGAUUGUCUACUCUUGAUUGAAUUUGCGCUCUUGUAUAUUCCAUUCACGUAUUGGCUGAUUCCAAACGUUGAGGAAAAACGAACAUUACUUUUAUUUUACAGAAUUCGUCUGUUGUACAAAUAUAUGUAUAUUGCAGUUUUGACAAUAUGAUUAAUAAAUAAUCGUUGUAAUUUUGAGUUAUUUUUGUGUAUAAAAGGAGUCAGUCAUCAGUUGGAACAAUAGAAAGAAGCCAGUUUCUGACAACUUGGAUUCUGCUAGAUUUUGUUAGAGCUGUAGGAAGGUAAAUAAAUUUAACUCUGAUAGGACAGUGAAUCCCAUUUGUGCCUAGUGUCUUUCCAUUACGUAUACAUUCCCACAACCUAUACGAAAUUUCGAGUGUACGCCGUGGGGAUAUAUGAAAAUAUGAACUGUGAAAUGAGAGAGAGUAAGUAGGUGAUAGUCCAAAAACACUAGCCGGUAUUGAUUUCGACAAAUAUCAACGAAAUGAUGUUAGUUUACUGAUUACACAAGUAAAAAUAUGUCAUACCGAAGAAAAAAACAAAGGAACGAAUCUGAAAUUGUAAGGCGGAGGACUAGGUUUGGUGGAAAAUAGCCAAACGGUAUCCUCAAAAACGAUUCAAUUAGCUCAGACAGAUUCCCGCCAACUGUUGUCCAUUGUGGUAUGAUAUUACACCUAAUAAUAAGUACGUA